AUGGGAUUAGCAACACAGUCAUCGUCUUCUGUUCAAUUUACCGACAACAAUCUCCGGCGAACUCCACCUCCACCAUUCAAUUCCAUGUCCCAAGAUUACAACCACCAAGCCGCCAUCUUCAAUUUCUCCAACAGUUUCGACAGAUCACAACAGCCGCCUCCUCCUCCUCCUCCACCUCCUCAGACCCACCUCGCCCAACAGCUCCGGCGAGACAAACUCCGCGUCCAGGGCUUCGACCCCCCUCCGCCGCUCGCCGGCCUCCACGACGACCCGUCCUCCGGCAUGCUCUCCGAGAUGUUCGGCUUCCCCCCCACCGCCACCGAGCUUCUCGACUCCCAAAUACUCUCUACCUACCGACGCCACCCCAGCGGCACCGACUGGCCGAGCUCCGCCGCCGGCACAUCCCAUCACCACCACCACACAGCAGCAGCACCAGCGCCACAUCAUCAAUAUCAUUUCAAGAAUUUGGCCAGCGGCAAUAAUAACCAGAUGCAGCAGAUGGGCAUAGGAUCUUCUUCCUCGUCUUCUUCUUACGGAGCCAUGAGCCUGUUGAGGAACUCCAAGUAUGCAAAGGCGGCACAGGAGCUGUUAGAGGAGUUUUGCAGUGUCGGCCGGGGACAGUUCAGGAAGAGCAAGCUCCGGCGGUGGAGCAACAAUGACAACGGAAACCCUAGCUCCGCCGGCGGAGGCGGGAACUCGUCGUCUUCUUCCAAGGAGGUGAAUCCGCCGCUGUCGGCCGCCGAUAGGCUCGAGCACCAGAGGAGAAAGGUCAAACUUUUAUCUAUGCUCGACGAGGUGGACCGGAGGUACAACCACUAUUGUGAACAAAUGCAGAUGGUGGUGAACUCGUUCGACAUGGUGAUGGGGUUCGGGUCGGCCGGGCCUUACACGUCUCUAGCCCAGAAGGCCAUGUCCCGGCACUUCCGGUGCCUCAAGGACUCGAUCGCCUCACAGCUCAAGCAGAGCUGUGAGGCGCUCGGAGAAAAGGACGCGAGCUCGUCGGGCGUGACCAAAGGCGAGACCCCACGACUACGGAUGCUCGAACAGAGCCUCCGGCAGCAAAGGGCCUUCCAGCAGAUGGGGAUGAUGGAGCAAGAGGCGUGGCGGCCCCAACGAGGCCUGCCCGAGAGAUCAGUUAAUAUUCUCAGGGCGUGGCUUUUCGAGCAUUUUCUCCACCCGUACCCAACCGACGCUGAUAAGCAUCUCUUAGCUAGACAGACUGGUUUAUCAAGAAAUCAGGUUUCGAACUGGUUCAUUAAUGCCAGGGUCCGGUUAUGGAAACCAAUGGUCGAAGAAAUGUACCAACAAGAAGCCAAAGAAGAAGAGACUGCCCACGAAGAUGAAGAAGAAGAAGAAGAAAAUGACAAUAACAACACUAUUAGUAGUAAUUAUAAUAACAACAACAAUAAUAAUGAUAAUAGUAAUAAUAAUCGGGACCAAAUUAGCAGCUCGACCGGUCAAAACCCGACGAUCUACAACAGUUCGGCUCCGAACGAAGGUGUUGACGGUCAAGCAAACGACCCGACUACGUAUGCCGGAAUUGUCUUAUCCGAUGCUGCCGGAGCUCCGGUCUCCGAGAACCCUUUUCCGGCGGGUAAUACCGACGAUAUCGAGGCUACUUUAAUAAGGUUUGGUGCCGGUGACGUGUCGCUGACACUAGGGCUGCGCCACGCGGGGAAUUUGCCGGAGAAAGGUCCGUUUUCGGUUAGGGAUUUUGGGGGGUGUUAG